AUGGAUAAGUUUUAUGUUAAACCCAAACGGAAUUUGGUAUCAGCAAAUGCCUCUUCGAGUAAAGUUGCUACUACGUCUAGAUCAUCGGCGGAGAUUUUUCAAUCAACUUCAAAUUCCAGACGAUUAGGUGUUGGAAAUAUUUGUUCGAAAAUUCGACACAAGAUUGAAGAUAAUCUAACGCCAAAAAUCAGUGGCAAACUAUAUAAAACAGGAAAGCACUCAAAGUCCUUGACAGCUUUAAGUUCGAUCGGAGCCUCUACAGGAAAAUAUACAUUGACCAACAAAAAUUCAAUAGGAGCAGAAACCACGUCCACUGAAAGUCGGAAAGUCAAACUGAAACCAAAGGCUGGCGAUGGCAGCGACAAACAAAAUCCAUAUGCUGAAUGUUACAAUACGUCAAAGGAUACCUCUUAUUUUGCAGCAUCUUCUUUACUUUCGUAUGUGGACAGCGACGAAGAUGAGGCCCAAUUGAGUUUGAAUAUUGCAAAAACAUCUUUGGAAGAUGAAAUAUUUGAGGAAUUGGAGAAGGCGGCUCACGAUGAACAUAAAUUGAAUGCGGUAUUAAAAACCUUUGAUAAAAUAAUAUUUGAUUACAAUGAUCCUCUCAUACAAACAAUAUCAAAUACUGAAGAUCAUUAUUGUAUUGAGAAGAAAUUGGAAAAUUUGGAAAAUACAAAUUCUGAAACUGAACAACUUACAAAACCAGCUGAAAAUAUCCCGCUUAAGGCAGAUAGUGAAUUAAGUGAGAUUUCUAAUCCAAUAUUUUGCUGUUUAAAAUCCGAACAGACAGAUUGUCGCCCCCAGUUGGAUUGUAAUACGAUUGAAUGGAAAAAGUUAGAAAAAUCAUCAUCAACACUCUCAUUGACUCGUAGAAAAUGUUAUCAGUCGCCUGAUUCCCCCUGCCUUAGACAAAUGCGACAUGCUUUUGCCAAGCAACAAAGAUCCAAAUCUGUUUGGGAACUUUCGAACUCCACAAAAAUACCGAUACUGAAAGCAAUUCCUUUAAAAACGAGAAGUAAAAGUUUUUGCUAUCACAACUCUGAAGGAACUGCUCAUACAAACAAUUUCAAAUCAUUGCAAAGUCAAAAGAUACUGAAAACAACGAAGCAGUCAUUAAAUGAUCGACAGGAAUCUGUAACGUCAUCGUCAUUGGCUCUAACAAACAAGAAACAACGACCUAUAGAUAAUAAAAUAGGCAAACAAGAUAAAUCGGUUGUUUUAGUAGCUUCCCCAAUAAAAUCUAGAAACGCAAUCAAAUCACAACACAAAACUCCUGCUAAUGGUAAAGCAUUGCAGUCAAAGAGUAUAACUUCCAAGUCUAAAAGAACAACAACAGCUGCUGUUGCCAAUCCAAGCUUAACAUCGACUAUUCAUAUGCCUUUGGCUGUCCCAAGCCGAAGUAACACAAGUGAUGAAUUGUUAGAUAAAUGUCUGGAAAAAGGACAACAAAUUCUACGUAAAGUUGAAUCGUUAAAUACACAACGAAUUCAAGUCUCUUCUCAUACCAAAAAAUCGCUAGUACGCACAAAAUCGAAUUCGAAUAAAAAAAUAUCCAAAGAUAAUUUAACACUAAAACGUAAACAAUGGCUCCACAAACUUAACUAUGCCAACGAAGAAAAAAUAGCCAUACCGCCAUUGGAGUCGUGUAAAAUUAUACCACCCGUUUUGGGAGAAACUUCCGAUAAACAUGCAGAACUCCUGGUACAAGUUACCAACGCAACACACUUAACCACCAGUAAACAACGCACAAUCUCCGAAGAAAGUCAAUUCGCAAAGACACACCUCAACUCCACUCCAGAGAUCGAUGUGGUUGCAAAAAAUCACGAAUCAGACUCUGAUGAUUCUGGCCAUAUUUCAAAUGAAAAUAUGGAAAUUCCCAUUAAUCAUACCUCCAAUUCAUCAUCAUCCACCAGUUUAUGUGAAACCUCUUCAUCUGCAUCCUCAUGUCCAACCACUGCGUCUGUUUGCGAUAAUUCCAAUAGCAAUGGAAUUGUAACAAAAUCCUUGAAAAUGUCUGAAGUCUUGCAGAAAUUUGAACGUAAAGCCCAGAAGCAAACAUCACUAAUGAAUUCUCACGAACAUUGGAAUCACACUUCGGAAAAACCGGAGGCAAAAUUAGCAGCUAGUACUAUUUAUCCAAAAACAACAAAUUGUUCUUCAAAGCAGCCACAUUUCGACAAUAGUUCUAAAACCGAUUCUCGAUAUUGUACUACAUACAAGGUGGCAGAGGUUGAAUCUGUCAGUGUGAUUAGAACACUGGUUGAAAUUUUUCCAAAUUACACCAAAGAGGUAACUAUAAGGCUUCAUUAAAUUAAAUGAACCGAAGAGGGCUGGGCGAUUGAGUGAAGGAAUUAAAAAAUGCAUUUAGUAGUUUGCUUGUAUUGUAGUAAUUUAAAACAUUUAUUU